AUGAUAAUCGAACUGUCGCAGCACAGAGAAAGUAUGCCACUGGAUCAGAAAAGGUCGCCGCAGACGAAAUCAUUAUCUGCCGUCGGUCUGCUGGUUUUCUCGCUGAUCGUACACCAAGUCCUCGGCGCGAGCAAUUCAACCGCGAAAAACAGCACCAGCCCCGCCCCGAACGUCAAAACGUACCAGAGCUACAAUAACGUCGUGAAUCCUUUGGAUGAUGCCGGCUUCAAGUACAAUGGGGCAGCGAGCUCCGAGAGCGUCAAAUCGGACAACCGUCAAUCGGUGCAGCCGAUGAUAUCGCCAAGGUAUCGUUACAAAUUUCAGCCGUCGGUAGAAGACAGUUAUCUCAAUGCAUUGAAGCACUCGCACACGAUCAUAAUCAAGGAUCCGCGGGAUUCAGUGAAAACGUGGCCGAAAAUCACGAGGCGCGAGCAUGCACCGAGCCCAGUAUACAGAGCCGAUAGUAAUAAUACUGGUGGAGUAAAAAUUAAAAUCGUCACCAAAGAUGCAGAGCCCGCAGUAUCCAAAGUAUCUCAAAGCAACGGACCGUUUUAUAUACAGCAAAGCGAAGAAAUUCCCUACGGCCUACCUCACGUUACCAUCAGUGAAUUUCAACCCUACGACACGUACAGUAGUUCCGACAAAUCGUACGGGACACCCCCGAAAGCUUCGUACAGCUUACCUUUGAAAAGUCAUUACGGAGCACCGAAAAAAACUUACGGCGAGCCUCCCGCGUCCGUCUAUGGAGAACCAUCGCUUUCUACCAGCUAUGGGUUGCCUCCGACGAGCUCGUUCGGGGAAUCCCCGUCCAUUUCGACGAGCUACGGUGUCCCAUUGAGCAGCUCUUACGGACCUCCGUCUUCGUUUUCCUCGCCGACGAACAGUGGUAUCUCAUCUUACGUUGUGCCUUCGCACCAAGGCUUAGGCUCGCUGACAGCUUCCUACAGCACGUCCUAUCCUCUGCCGGACCUGUUCCCGCUCACUUUUCUCCCAGGUUUCGACUUCAGCUGGCCGAUAUCCUUGAAAAUAAAUGCUUACACUCUUCUCAAGAUCGUUUUGAAGAUCGUCGUUUUUAAAAUGGUCGUUAAAUUCAUCGCUGCUAUCUGUUUGCUGCUUUUUAUACCAAAACUCAUACCGAAAAAAGACGACGACGAGGACGACGAGGACGACAAAUCGAGAAAGUUUGGAGAUGCUCCAACAUUAUCGAAGGAAAAGUUGUGGAUGUUAUCGAGCACAGUGACGAGCUCGAUCGAUCAUUAUAGAAAUGAGAAUGAAAAGCUGAGGAGAAGCGAAGGAGAGGAGGAGGAGGCAAAUUGCACGAGUCUUGACUGUCAAUCGACCAAAAAACUGCUUCUAACGGGUGAUACCUGGACUGACUACAAAGAACUGUUUAAACUUUAUUUAGCAGAGGAGGCACAAGUAGCUCAUAAAGACAAUGCCAGCAGAAUGAAAAGACGGAGAAGGAGGAAAUGA